AUGGUCAAAUUAACACGGAUAAAAGCCGUUCUUUCCAUAUAUUUAUUGACUAAAAUAACUAUUUCUCAUAGCGAUGAAGAAUUUGGCAUAGAAGGUUCUUAUAUUGAGUCGAAACUGGCUAAAUGUAGACUAGAGGAGGGCGAUAGAGCAUUCCAUUGUACAAGAUUAAGUCUGUUAAAAACACAUAGCAAUACUCCAGAUAAGAUUAAAACAAAUCGCUAUAAACUCAUAUACUAUGCCUGGAUACUUUCUAUGCCAGUUCUAUCCCCAAACACUGUAAUAUACAAUGAUGUGCCACAAGAGGUGGACCAAUCAGAUUUAUACACACACAAUUAUCUCAAGGAACCCAAAUUUACACCCCUGUACUAUAAGCUUAAGUAUAACGAGUAUUAUGAUCAUUUAAGAGAACAUAUUACUGCAGAACUAAGAGCUGAAGAGCCCAAAUCAGGGCUUACACAGAUUAAAGAUAAAGCCAACAAGAUUUUGGGGUUACCUAAAAUUGUAAUUGAGGCAAAGGCAUCGCACACGACAUCAUUUGAUGAAAAGUUUUUAAUGGAGCUGUACGGAAAUGAAACUGAUUCAACUAAUGAGUACUCAAGAUCACUACUGUUGUUUCUGGACUACUACCUUUUCAGGCCUUUAAGGAAAAGAGCAUACUUACUAAAGUUUCUUAACAAAUUUGAGAAGAUGUACAGACUAAGAUUUUAUAUGUAUUGCAAAGUUUUUUCAAAAUUAUUUAGAAGGUACAGGCAUUUUCUCAACAACAGAGAGGUCAUAGUAAAGAUGAUGAAUCUGUCAAAAUAUUUUAGCGUAGCAACGAGUAAAGUUGAACCAUUUAUACCGAUGCCAGUCGAUGGUGAUAAAGAUGAGAAAAUGGAAAUGCACAUACCAUUAUCAGUUAUAACAACAAACAGGGAGUUUUAUAAAGUAGUACAAGAUGUGUUGGCACACUGCCAAGACAACUUAGAGUUGGCGCUGUAUUCUCUAGGAAACUACAUGGAAUCAUUGUAUAAACUAAAAGACCCUAGAAGUAUAGGAACUUUAGGCAGUUUUUACAUUUUAGAGGUGAUGGCAAAAUCUACAGGAUUUAGUCUCCACAAUUUGUUUCCAGAGGGAGAAAGGAAACAAAUACUGGAUUACAAAGAGAGUAUCGUGGUCGAAUCCCAUGUGUCCAAACUAGAUAAAAGCCACCAUCUGGUUCAAAUAGUCAACAAGUUCGCAAUAACAGUGCCCAUUCUGAUAAUAUUUAGUGUGCUGUUAUUCAAGUAUAUCCUCAAAUAUGUAAAGUGA